GCUCACACAUGUGUUUGCUUCCAUACAACACAAACGGUCAUUCAUCUUUAAAACAUUUUAAAUCCUUCCCAAAAAAGCAGGAACGUUACAGUUGAACAUUGAACCGUGAAUGACGUCUAGCACAACGAAGCUAGCUGGUGUUUAGCUCUUGUAGCACAGUUAGCACAGCAGCGAACACGAGCCCCUCUCUCCAUUAAAUGUGAGAUAUGGAGAUAGACGGCCGGGACUUUAUGAACAGUCCUCCUGUGAAGACUGUCAGGUUUGGAGGCAGUGUAGCUGAAACGUUAGCCAAACACAAACGGGGAGACUGUGGUGACUAUGAGCUGCUCAGACACCAGCUGGCUGAUCCUGAAAUAAAGGAUGCUCAGAUCAUCAACUGGCUGCAAGAGUUUCGAGGUUGUGUGACCCAGCUCACCAAAGACCAUGAACAGCUGAUCUACACUGUGCUGAGGCUUCCCUGGGUGGGUCGCAGCCAGGCUGUGGUGGAGGAGUACAUGGCCUUCCUCAGUAACCUGGUGUCAGCACAGACUGUCUACCUGUGUGCCUGCCUCAAGAUGGUUGUGUCCCACUUCACUCCCAAGAGAGUGACCAUCUGUGAAGGAGGAGUUGAUAUCUCUGAUUCAGACGAUGAAGAUGAGAACCUCCCCAGGAACUUUGACCAGUGUCACCAGGCUCUGCAGCUCAUCACCAAAUAUGUUCCAUCCACAAGUCGCUUCCUGAUGCCCAUCCUGCAGGAGAACUUCCCCUUCAUACAGAAAUCCUCCAGAACUCUGGAGUUUUACGUCCACAACCUCCUCAGAGUGACUGUGUACAUACCGUCCAUCAGACGAGACGUACUGGAGCUCAUCAUUGGAAAGAUGCUCAAACUGGAUGUGAGUGCCUCCCGCUCAGACAUAGAGGAAGCAGAAGAGACCGCAGAGCACAGCCAGCAGGCAGAGGAGCACACAGAGGAAGGACUCUUUGAUAUGGAUGAGGACGUGUCAGCUGAUCAGCCCUCUAGGACAGCAGUGAUGGCUCACCCGGUGGCUGAGAGGCUGGACUCUCUCAUGGCGGUGCUGUUGGCGUACAUUAAAGAUGUCUGCCAUCUUAACGGCUCUUUUCAUGUGGAAAGGACCAAGGAGCUGUAUAAGGAACUGUUGAGUGUGUUUGACAAGCUCAUUCUGCCAACACACGCUUCCUGUCACGUCCAGUACACACUCUUCUACCUGUGCAGUUUCAGACUGGCCCUGGCAGAGGCCUUCCUGGAACACCUGUGGAAGAUCCUGCAGAAUCCCUCUCAGCCUGCAGUCCUCCGUCAGGCUGCUGCAGGAUACAUGGGAAGCUUGCUGGGCAGAGCCAAGUUCAUCCCUGUGAUCACUGUGCGGGCUUGUCUGGACCUGCUCAUUUCAUGGAUCCAUCGCUACAUCGACAGCCAGGACAACAGCGGCAAACAGGCCUACUGUGACAUCAGCCUGCACGGACCCUUCUACACCGCCUGCCAGGCCGUCUUCUACACACUCAUCUUCAGACAUGGAGCCAUCCUGGGGGGCAACAUGAAGAAAGGUCUGGAGUACCUGCAGAGUCUGAACCUGGAGCGGGUGGUGAUGUGUCAGCUGAAUCCUCUCAAAGUGUGCCUGCCGUCAGUCACCAACAUGUUUGCUGCCAUCACCAGGAAGUAUCAGGUGGUGUUCUGCUACACCAUCAUAGAGAGGAACAACCGUGCUGUGCUGCCGGUGGUCCGCAGCUCUGCAGGAGGAGACCGUGUGACCACCAACACAAACCCACUGGACAGCUUCUUCCCUUUUGACCCCUACUUGCUCAAGAGGUCAGGUCAGGUGAUUGAGCCUCUGUAUCAGGUGUGGGAGGAACCAGCAGACACAGAGCUGCUUGUCACCAAAGCAGGCCAACAGGCCUCGAGGGAGGACGAGGACGACUUCCUGUGCGGGGAGCCGGCCCAGGCAGAUGGCAUUGUGGGAAUGACGCCCAGCUCUUUUGAGUCCAACCUCCGCAGCCCGAGCAGUGUGGGCUCACCCCCUUUCAACUUCCAGAGACAUUUCUAGCACCUCUUCAUGGACUCUCCACACACUGUGUACAGACAUGAUCUGAUUAUACACGUGACAUUUAAUUUAUGGGGAUUCAAACACACUGAGACACUCACACUGCUCUAUUUAUACAAGAACACUUGUAUUAAUGUGUAAAAAAAAAAGUAGCGCUAAACAUUUGUAUGGAUAUAUUCUUCUAUUUUAAGUUUGAACCUCUACACAGAGUAUUGUGGAGGAGCCUUAAUAAUGACCUCUGUGUUCAACUAAAUGACACUGAGCUGUAUGAGCAGUUAUGUGGUGGGGGCAGUACAAUACUGUUAUGAUUUUAUUGGUUCAUAUUUUUUUAGGACUUAAAACAUUACUCAUGUCCAUGUGUACAUUUAAAGCAUUAUUGGUCACUGUAAUCAUUCGUCCUCUCUACACUGGCUGUCAAAGAGUGUUGUUCAUCUGAAGCUUUAACAAGGAAACACAAAGUAGACACCCUGGAAGAACUCUAUUCAGAUGUUUGUCUUUUUUGUACCAAUGUUCUUCUUUGUGUUUCCAGCCUCAUUAUUUAGCUUCUGAACAACAACUGUAGUGUUUAUUGUAUAUUACUUUACAUUGAAACUGCUCUAAGAAGCCAGUCAGGACAAUAAAUGAACCAAUAAUGCUUUGAGUGAGCAGACAGAUGUCCUAUAAGACAAGAUAUGUAACUGCACUGCAACUUUCUCUCAGAAUGGGUUUUCAGUUUUUCUUUUUAUCUAGUUUAUCCAUUUUAGAUAUUAUGGUAGAUAUUUGUUCUCACUCUGAUGCCAUUGUGAGGCUUCUGUGCAUUUAAGAUUAAAUUAUGUUUCUUUUCUCCACCACAUCACAUCCUGCAGUCAUUGCUUGUUAAAAUAUCCCAAUCAUUCUCUGUGACACUGGAA